AUGAGCCCGCUGCAUGAACUUAUCUUGCUCACGUGGAAGAAUUUGGAGAGACAAGUCUCUGGCAAAGCUGUCAAUCACGGUGAUGGCGCGGCAGGGAACCAUGAGAGGGAGCCUGUCGUGCGCGCAGCAGAGGGCGACAUAGGCAGUAGCGACAUUAUCUCGGGGAACGCUGUGGAUUACCUCCUUCAUCCCCUUCCGCUGGAUAGAGCAAACAAGCUGAUAGAGACUCAGUUGAUAGACUACGUGACGGAUGCGUUUGCCAACGAUCCAGGAGAGGCAUCGCCUACCAACUCAGUCGCUGGCCCCAUGACAGGACGCAGUGGACCGCUUUGUGACUCCGCUGACUCACAUCGGACCAAAGUAAAUGGGGUACACAAUGGAGCAAGACCCAAGGCAGCAGAGUGCUCCAGGGCAGAUGGAGCUGGUUGUAAGAGCCAGACUGACUUCUCGUCGAGCUCGAGCGAAGGCAGGGAAACCGUGUACAGCAAUGGAGGCCAGUCGCUCCGAACGAGUUAUGGAGGACUCAUGGUGAACUUCGUGCGAGAGCACUCGAGCCUACUUAGGAUUGUUGUCUUCAUCUCCCUGUGCUACUCCUGUUGUGUACUGUUCCCCGCUCAUCGCGCGAGCUCUGCCUUGACAGAAACAUGUCGUGGUCGGAGUUGUCACCUGCUGACAGCGGUGCCGACUUGGAGCAACUACUCGGCAAGGCAGCUGGCGUUGCCGUUCAACCCCCUCUCAGAGAAGAUGGAGGAGGUCAGGAACAACCCGCUGCAGCAGAACCUGACGGCGAAGGAGCAUUGUGACUUGGUACAGCACAAGAUCUCAAGCUGCAAUGCCUUGAGAAGCAUGCAGGCUACAGACCUUCUCCACCAUCAAGGUUUGACUUGCUGGAACUGCGAUCUGGUCGGAGCUUCGAUGUUGUGCGAGAGACUGGGAGCUGGAUGCCCGCCUUGUCAGGACAAGCUGCUGGUCCUCGCUCGCUCGAGCGCGAAUGGCCUGCGAUUGUUUCGCUCCAUUUGCUCCCUUGGCCCCGCGCUCACUUACCGGAGGAACUUCCUCAAGGGAAGAUCGGGAGCCGUCAAGGAGCAGUGGAAGCUGAACUCGCGGUACCCUCACGGAUAUGGAGGGAGGUCUCCCUCCUCCACCAGCUCCAGCCCGACCAUGGGCGAGGAAGCGAAGUUCAGCCCGUGGGAUGCGACACAGAAGGCCGCGGAGAGGAUGCAGCGACCUGCCUCUAAGGAUGACCGCAGCAUGUUCACCAGCACUCCCCCGCCACAGCAGACUCCACCUCCACUACAAGGCUGUCCGCGCUUCCGAUCUCUGGCAGUCAAGAAAGCUGCUGAGGCGAUCGCGGGGAAGUCUGACGACUGUGCUGAUGCGAGCAGCAACAGGGAAGGAAAUGUGGGCUUGCAGGAAGGCAACACCCCAGAAAAGAUUGGUGAAAGAUCAAAUCACCCGCAGAGCGGCACUGCUGGACAAGAUGGUGGGGAAGUGCUGGAGGAGGAAGAGGCAGACGAGGAGGAAACAGCCCAGCAUGACGGGGGGAGCAUCGGGCUCGCGUCAGACCUGCGCAAAGAGCAGGAGCGAAAGCCGAUCGUGGGGAAGAUCAUGCUGAAGGGGAGGAAGGAGAAGAAGGACGGAGGGGCGAUGCCAACCCCUGUCGAUCUCUUCCAGUCACCCAGUCCUCGACCCUCCGCCUCGAGCUGUCAAAAGCUUCAACCGCCAGGUCAGGGCCGUGGAGGUUCAGAACCUGAUAUGACGGACACAGGCAACAAGAUCAGCAAGUCGUGGGAUGUGAUCCAAAAGUAUCAGUUCAUCACCAAGUGCAUGAAUGGGGAGGGGAGGGGGGAGAGCAGGAAGAAGGCUUCCAGCUCCAGGAAGAAGCUGGUGAAGUGUAAGAGCAGCCCCGAGAAGGAGCUGCUGAAAGAGGACGAGGCGUCAGGGUCCAAGGAGAGGAAGGAGCUAGUCAGGUCUCAGUCCAUGUUGUCGGUCAAAGACGAGCUGGAGGGAAAGAGCACGUACAUGAGACAGGUUAUGGAGGAUCGCAAGAUCUUCGGCGAGAUGAUAGAGGAUCUCAUCCCUCAAAUCGAGGAGUUCGAGUCCGACGACUUCGAGGACCUGCAGCUGUUUGUUCAGGAGGUGGAGAAGCGUCUCUCCCUGCUCGUGGACGAGCGCAUGGUCCUCAAAGGUUUCGCUGCAUGGCCGGACAAGAGGAUGGAGGUGCUGCGGGAGGCGAACGGGAGGAUGCAAGACUUGAAGCAGCUCAAGGCCGCCAUGGAUCCCUUCGGCUCUAAGUGGAUCAAGAGGAGCUCGCUGGCCGACGAGCUGCAGGCCGUGGAGGACAAGUUCGCGUCGCUGCAGACCACAGUCGAGUGGUACGCGAGAAGCGAGGAAGAGCUCAAGAAGAACUUCGCCAAGCACAGGGUUCCCUUCGACUUCCGCAUCCUCCUGGAGCUCAAGGAGGUGGCCGUCUCCCUCGCCAAGUACAGCAUGCAGCGGGUGCUUGGCGAGAUCCGACCGGCGGGGAUGGAGGGCAAGCAGGCAUGCCAUAGGAUGCAGAUGCUGCUGCAGCAUUCCAUCAAAUUCGCCUUUCGCUGCCACCAGUUUGCGGGAGGCUUCGACGAGGAAGCUUCAGCUCUGUUCGGACGCCUUCAUGACGAGUUCACUGCGAUGAUGCAGAGCGAGUCCUGA